CUGUAAGUCACUCGCAUCAGCGUCUAACGGGAAUAAGCGUAACCUGGGACCAAACAAAUGAUAUUAAUUUUAACCAAGACAGACCGCUACUUAUUCCGCCAUUUUCUCCAUACUCUACCUAAACCGCAUCGUUUAUAGGCUAACCGUCUGAAAGAGGAUCAGCAAACAUGUUCUACACCUGUGGUCCCAACGAGGCUAUGGUGGUGUCAGGGUUUUGUCGUUCCCCUCCACUGAUGAUACCCGGAGGCCGAGUGUUCGUCAUCCCGUGCAUCCAGCAGAUACAGAGGAUUUCUCUGAACACUCUGACUCUGAAUGUGAAGAGCGACAAAGUCUACACCCGCCACGGUGUGCCCAUCUCCGUUACCGGCAUAGCCCAGAUGAAGAUCCAGGGUCAGAACAAACAGAUGCUGGCUGCCGCCUGCCAAAUGUUCAUGGGGAAGUCCGAGCCCGAGAUCGCUCAGAUCGCCUUGGAGACGCUGGAGGGACACCAGCGGGCCAUCAUCGCCCACCUGACCGUUGAGGAGAUCUACAAGGACCGAAAGAAGUUCUCCGAGCAGGUUUUUAAGGUGGCUUCCUCAGACCUGGUCAACAUGGGCAUCAGCGUGGUCAGCUACACGCUCAAAGAUGUUCAUGACGACCAGGAUUAUCUGCAUUCGCUGGGGAAGGCUCGAACAGCCCAGGUUCAGAAAGACGCUCGCAUUGGAGAGGCCAAGAACAAGAGAGAUGCUGUGAUCAGGGAGGCCCAUGCGAUGCAGGAGAAAGUCUCGGCUCAGUACAAGAAUGAAAUUGACAUGGCGAAGGCCCAGAGGGACUAUGAGCUGAAGAAGGCCGCCUAUGACAUCGAGGUCAACACUAAGAAGGCGGAGUCAGAGAUGGCCUACCAGCUGCAGGUAGCGAAGACGAAGCAACGUAUCGAGGAGGAAAGGAUGCAGAUCCAGGUGGUGGAGCGGACGCAGCAGAUCAUGCUGCAGGAGCAAGAGAUCACCCGCAGGGAGAAGGAGCUGGAGGCCAAGGUGAAGAAACCGGCCGAUGCUGAGAGGUAUCGCCUGGAGAAACUGGCCGAGGCUCAGCGUCUUAAGUUGAUCAUGGAGGCGGAGGCCGAUGCUGAGUCCAUCAGAAUUAAAGGUGAGGCCGAGGCGUUCGCGGUGGAAGCCAAAGGUCGCGCUGAGGCGGAGCAGAUGGCGAAGAAGGCCGAGGCCUUCGAGCAGUACAAGGACGGAGCCAUGGUGGACAUGCUGCUGGAGAAACUGCCUCUGAUGGCAGAAGAGAUCAGCAGGCCUCUGUGUGAAGCCAACAAGGUAACCAUGGUGUCCAGCGGAGGCGGGGACGUGGGCCCCGCCAAACUGACAGGAGAGGUGCUGGACAUCAUGGUCCGCCUCCCCGCGGCUGUGGAGAAGCUGACCGGAGUCAACAUCUCCCAGGUGACCUCACGCACAGGCUGAAGAGAAUCAACAGUCUUAUCAGCUGCCUGGACUCUUUGCAUGAGUCUCCAAACCCUUACGCAGUAACACAGCCCCUCUCCUCUACUCCCAUGUCUGUCUUACAUCAUCUGGUCAGCUGUUUUCCCCACAAAGCUGUC